UAUGAUUUGCAAAUUGCAAGGGAAGCCAACGCGCGCCAUUUUCUAAAUUAAAUAUAAGACAAACUUAAUUAGGCACUCUUAGCUUUUAAUUUUAUCCAAGAUGUCGCACUACAUGCCACGUCGCACCAGCGAGUUCCGCGGCAAUGCGCUGGAGGAGCGAGGCCCUGCCGAGAAGCGACAAACCAGGGCCACAAAGCGCAGCGCAGCCUCACACACUCCCUCCUCCAGCCAGGUGGUUCCUCCCAGAAGACCCUCUGCAUCGCGUCUGCCGCAGCCGCUGAACCUGGAGCGUGAUCGCUUAAUGAGUGUGACGCCCAAGCAUGGCCCACGACCUUUGUCCACCGCCACGCGUGGGUCGCAGAACCUGGAGCGCGAUGGGCCCACCCAAAUGACAGUGACACCCAAGCAUGGCCACCGACCGGCGCCCUUCACCGCUGAACGCCCCGUUGCCCCGCACUCGGACAAGAAAUGGGUGGCGGAGCGGGCUCAGCAGAUACUCGGCUAUCUGCAGGACAUCAAUGAAAGCAUGGCCACCACUUUGCCCAUCUCAGAUUUGUUUAAUCGCCCCGGCGGACUGCGGCACAUGACCAUCAAACAGUUCGUUGCCAUACUCAACUUCCUGUUCCAUCACAUCUGGCGGAACAAGGUGACCGUGGGUCAGAACCACGUCGAGGAUAUCACAAGUGCCAUGCAAAAGCUGCAGUAUCCCUAUCAGGUGAACAAAUCCUGGCUGGUUUCGCCAACCACAUCGCAUUCCUUUGGCCAUGUCAUCGUGCUGCUGGACUUUCUCAUGGACUUUGUGCCCUCCUCGGAUGAGACGGGUAUAGAAUUUCCCUUCAUGGAGACCACCGAGCAGCCCAGUUCGUAUUUGAACAGCGUGCAUUGCGAAACAAUGGCCACCAUGACCACCACCACCACCCAGAUGCAGGCCGUACAGCUGGACGCGGAGGUCAACGCUCUGCUCUUCGCCGAGGCCAGCAAAUGCAUUGUCCUGUGGGAUCAGGAGCUCAGCGAGGAGGAGGCCAAGCUGCAGGCGGAGACCAGAGAUCAGUUGAUAGGCAAAAAGUGUGAUUUGCCCGAUCGACAGGCGCUGGACCAAGUGAUCGACGAUCUGAGGGUGAAGUUGCAGCAUUUGGACGAUAAGCUGCAGCAUCCCAGCGAUGGCACUAAGCCGGAGAAACUCGAGCAUCUCACCAAGGAGCAGAAUCUGCUCGCCCAACAGUUGGCCGACAGCCAAGAAGAGCUGAAGCAGCAGCUGAUCCUCUGCGAUAAGCUAGCCGCUCAGGCCGAGGAAAAGCAGGCUAAUCUCCGUCAACAAAUGAAGUACGAGCAUCGCCUGGAGCAGGCGGUCAACAACCAAAAGUACACGGCUCAGCAACUGAAUACCCUCCAAAUGGAGAGCAACGAUGUGGAGAACUACUCGAAGGCCUAUGAGCGCCAGGUGAAGGAGGUGUCCGACCUGGAGCUCCACCAGCAGGUUGUGCUAUCGCGGGCCAAGCAAAAGCUGUUGGACUGCGUUGAGAGCUUCAACUCGCGUGCCCGCCACCUGAGCUUGGACCCGGCAAUAAGCGGCCUAAUGAAGGGCGGCCGUGAUCAGCAGUUUGACCUUACGCUGCCGUUUAAUCCCGAGCGGGAGGACAUCUCCAAACGGAUUCAGUGCCUGGACCUGCUGGGCAAUCUUCUCCAGCAGCAGGGUCAACAGAAUGUCGAGCGGCGUCAGAUGCUGGAUCAGCAGGUGGACAAGAUAAAAUGCGACUCCCUGAAAUUGGACACAGAAGUUGCCAACUUGGAGUCCCGCCUACAGGCACAAAAGCAUCGCCUGGACAAAAUGGAGGCGGGCUAUCGCACCAAGCGCGACAUGAUGGUACAGCACAAGCAGCAGUUGGCCGAGGAUCAGUGUGAUCAGAUCGCCCGUCUGGGUGAACUGGAGAAGCGGCAGAAGGAGGCGGAGGAGAAGAUCCAGGCGAUCGUGCAGAAAAACGAAGAUCUACUGGCCGGCGCCGAGUCGUUUCAGGAGGAGGACCACAAGACACGCAAUGCCCAUCUCGACGAUUGCGAGCUGAAGCUGGCCGAAGCCGAGAAGGAGCUGCAGGCCCUGAACUCCAAGCUCACCGUGAGCCAGGCCCAACUGGAGGAGGCCGAGCAGAAGAUGUACUCCAAUCCGCUGCCCUCCUUUGAGCCCGUCUUGGAGGCCUUUAAGAAGCGCUGAGCCAGUGCUUUUUGUUUUUAUUUUAAAUUUUGGAAUGUGUUUAAGCUCAGAUAGAAGUUUAAGCGAGUGGUGUUACUCCAUUAUGGAUAUUUGGUUGUAACCUUUAUUUGAAGUAUUGUUAUUGAGUAUGUAUUUAUUGAAGUGUUGAAGCGAAUGAAGUGUUUUUAUUUUGAAUAAAUCCCUAAGAACAAUAAUA